AUGCUGAUGAAAGAGAAGGCAGUUUGGGGAAUUUUGCUAAUGAACUCAUUGAUUACACUGAGUCAGUCGAGCAAACUGAACGUUCCCAAGCUGCUGUUGCCUUUGAGCGCUCGUGUGCCUGUGAACAUCACACUGACAGCACAGAGAGGAUGCUACACAUGGGUGUCCUCUAAGCCCGAGAAUGUCAGGGUGUAUCCUCUGUCUGCCGUCAGCCCUCCAGAUCCUCUGCCCGCGUCCUCCUGCAGUCAGCAGUGUUUGGUGUCCGCUUUGUCCUCUCCUCAGGCUCUUCCCAUCCAUAGUGUGGUUCAAGGACAGGACAAUGUGACAGGUCACAUUCUGCGCUGUGACGUCGUCAUCGAUCGUAUCGCAAGGAUUCAAAUUGUGACAACCACCAGACAGCUUUUUACAGAUGACCCACCCCUGCAAUUGUCCGUCCAGGCGUUUGACACCGAAGGAAAUACUUUCAGCUCUCUUGCUGGCUUGAAGUUUAAUUGGCGGCUGGCAAAGAAGUCUGAUGCAAUAGAGACAGUGAGAUUUGUCUGGUACCAUGAUGCUGGUUAUUCCCCUCCACCUCAUAUCCUGUCUUUAGAGGGAGCUGGUCAGAGGGGUGAAAGCGUCCUGCUGUACGGCAUCCGCAAUGGUGCGGCACAUGUAAAAGUGUCUCUUACAGACCCUGAACAUGAGCAUGUAGAAGCAGCCAGUGUGACUUUGCUUGUGGUAGACAGACUACACCUGAGCCCAGCGGGGGACACAUACUUGCUACAGGGCUCGACUAUCAAAUACAACGUGUGGAAAACAGAGAACGAGAGAGAGAUUGAGGUCACUCUGUCAGAGGAAGGAUACAGGCUGGUUGUGGAUGGGUACAGAGGCAGAAUGUAUUGUGACAGUAUCUGUGUUGACCAGGAGACAACUACCGUCACUGCCUUCAAGCUGGGUCAUGCCACGCUAACCGUUGUAUACAACAAUCUGCCCCCUGAAGUAAUGUCCCACCUCCCUCGCGCUACCAUAUACGUGGUGGAGCCCAGUUAUAUGACUUUGGGUAUUAAGGAAGAAGAGAACAGAUGGGUUUUGGAAAAAAAACGACAGUACUAUUUGACUGUCCGAAUCCAUGACAAUGAGGGCCAUGCAGUUCACCUAUCACAGAACGUCGUUAUUGUUGUAGAAGAGACUGAAGGAUUAGUCACAUUGGAAUCCACCUCAGAUCCUUCCGUCCAGCUCUUGAAGACCCUUGGGACAGGAAAAACCUCAAUACAGGCCUCACUUCAUUGCAUCAUCUCUGAGAAUGGUGAAAAGUGGCCUGUCAUCCCACCAAUCGGAGUGCGACAGGAAGUGGAAAUCUAUAACCCUCUUAGCCUGCAUCCCGCUAUGAUUGUGUUUCCAUGGCAACCCCACAAUAAGCUUUACCAUCGCAAUAUUACGGUGGAGGGAGGAAGCGGCUCUGUGAUGUGGGAUGUGUCUAAUAGUCAAAUUGCCACAGUGACGGUAAAAGGGGUGAUCAUAGCAGGACAGAGGAUGGGCCAGACCAAAAUUCAAGCUGCGGAUUACAAAAACCCACUACAUUGGGUAGUUGGCCAGGUAAUGGUUGUGAGACCCAGCCGGUUGCAACUGGUGCCACGGAGGGGUGACUGCCGUGUAGGGGACAGGAUAGAACUUCCCGUAGCUCUGUGGGGCAUCCUGGACCCCCCAGACUCUUGCUCUCACACAGACUUUGAUACACAUUUGUACACUCACAAGAGCACCAAUGCAGAUGUUCAAGCACAGUGCUUCUCCCAUAGAUACAAUCCUCAAAACGAAGAGUCUUUUCUUAUGGAGAGUAAUCUUGUGCCGGUCACAGACUGCACUGAGCUCUCGCUACACAUCCACACUGAACCCAUUGGCAUCUUCACACAUGUGCCAGGUCCUGUGUCUCCUGGUGCUGGGUUCUGUGGAGGGAUCCGUUUUAAAGCUAUUUCACAGGGUCAUGCUGUUGUUACCAUCACAGUGGAAACAGGGGGAUGCAGCAUCAGUGAGACGACGUCACUGGAGGCAUACAACCCACUUAAAUCUCUUGCAUCAAAGGUUCUUCUCACAGUUGGCGCAGCUCGUAUGGUUGUAUUUGAGGGGGGUCCUCAACCCUGGCCCCCGGCCCCCAUUCGUUUCUUUCGUCACAUCGAGGCACAGCCAUCAGUGGGUGUUACCGUGGAGACAUUGAGUUCGGCAGAAGGAAGGCCAACUCGACAUGCUUAUUGGGUCACGUGUGACGCUGUGGGAAAACAGUGGUUGGUCUUUAGGUGUGGUAAUACUCCAGGUCCAUUAAAUGAGAUGCCCGCAAUCGAGGAGAGCAGAGUUCAGGUGUCAUGCGGCGUCCCCGCAAGCCUCUCUCUUUCUGUUCUCCCGUGCAACACCUCCUCACCUUCAUGCAUCCCUCUGUACUCCAAUCACAGUUCCUGCCCUCAGCAUCAGCGCCCCUGGGGACCGUUAACUGUGUCCAGCAGUAGGGACACUGUGUUGCAGUUGUCCGUGUUUGACCAGAAGGGGGAGCAGUUUGAUAAUUUCACCUCCUGCUCGGUGAAGUGGACCACCUCUGACCCUCAUCUCCUUUCAUUGCCACCACAAUCCACAAUGAACUUGGCUGACAAACCAACUCAGACAGGCUACAAACUACAUGCCUGGCAGGUGCUUCAGGUCCAUCAACAGACAGGAACUGUGACUGUUAAUGUCACUCUCAGAUGUCCAGAGAUGUCAACAGCCCCAGUGUCUCAGCAUGUGAUUCUGCAUUUGGUAGAAGACGUACAGUGGGCCACGCACUCACUUACUCUGUUCAACCAUCCAAAAGUCAAAGAAAGUCUGACCUUGAUCCAUGGGUCAGGACACUUUCAGGUCUAUUUACAAGACAGGAAUUUGGCCCAUAUCACUCAUAUGGAGAACACUAAUAUGGUACAGGUGUCCCCACUUCAUCCAGGUUCCUCAGUUCUCUUGGCUCAUGACCUCUGUCUGACCUCUGACCCUGCUGUGGCCCCCAUCCUGAUCUCUGACAUCACAGAUUUUCAGAUUGACUUUAUUGAUAUUAUUGAGGUCGGUCGCACCGCCAUAGUGCGAGUGGGUGUUCUGGACUCGAAGAAUCAGCCGUUUCUCAGUCAUUUCCUGUCGCUUAUGAACCUCAUGCUUAUUCCUUCUUCAUCCAUCAUUUCUGUGAAGCAGGCGGGGCCAGUGGACCUAUACUCUGUGGGAUUUUCUGUGACAGGACUGGCAGUGGGCGUGGCUAGUUUACAUCUUUCAGCAGUGGCUGGUCAUGGGGGUGUUAUAAGCACCUCCCAUAAGAAUAUACAGGUUUACCCACCAUUCCGUUUGCAGCCACAUAAACUUACUCUGGCAGUCGGAUGUGUGCGACAGGUGAAAUGGAAAGGAGGGCCUCAUCCACAGUCUGUUGUGGAGUUCUCCGUGAGUGACAGCUCUGUCGCCAUGGUGACUGACACAGGACUGGUGAGGGGUGUGGCAGUGGGCGUGGUCAAAAUCAGAGGGACUCUCCAAACUGUGAGACAAGACGCAGGAGCACUGCUCACUCUCGCACAAGAUGAAGUGGAGUUGGAGGUGUUUAACCUGAUAGAAGUGAGAAUACAAGCUCCUUUAGUGACUCUGUCUGUCGGAACAGAGAUGCCUGUUUAUGUGAUGGGGAGUGACAGUGGUCAGAAUCCUCUGUCGCUGGGAAGUGUUGAGUCUGGCCUCAGUUUCUUCUGGAGUCUGAGCAAGCCGGGGGUUUUGGAGAUCAAAGCAAGGCAUGCAGAGGUUGGAGUUAGUGUGUCUCCCUCUCACAGUUUCUCUGUUCUGGUAAGGGCUGAAGCUCCGGGCAAGGCUAGCAUUAAAGUGUGCAUGCAACUUGAACAGACACACGCCAGCAACACGUCACUCUCUGAUCAUCUGACUGAUGAGAUACAGAUACAGGUGUUUGAAGAGAUACAGUUGGCAGCAGGAAGUCCCAGAUCCAUCCUCAUGUCUCCUCAGUCUCAGUACUCACUGCAGAGCAAUAAAGACUCAAUCUGUCCAGUGCGUUACGUCCUCAGUGAGUGCGUCUCAGGGGCAGGGCUUAUUACUGUUGAUGAGCAAGGAGUGUUGAGGGCGGGGCCUGAUACAGGUGCCGCCCUGUUGGAGGUUUUUGUCAUGGAUGUUUGUGGUUUUAACCAAACAUUGCUCAUCAGUGUAAAGGUGUCAGCGGUGUGGUUUGUACGUGUUUUGGCCGUGUCAUCAUCUCUGAACAGUGAUGCUGAGAAAGCCCUGCCCGCCCACCCUUUGGGUUGGAAGAUUAACAUCGUGGCUCUUUACUAUAACCACCUGGGAGAACAGUUUCAUUCUCAUAAUAUACAAACAACUUUUACCACAAACAGAGACGACCUGGUGCAUUUGACAACCGAUAAAGACAGCAAGUCGUUUCUGGUGCAGACGGUAUCUCCGGGUCUAACAGUUUUGAUGGUCCAGGGAGACCCUACAAACCCUUCUCUGAGUGACUACAUACCUCUGCUAGUGUUGCCUGCCAUCUCAGAGCCCCCAGGAUCUCUGCGACCAGGAGAUGUCAUCUGUUUCAACUUUCCUAUUACAAACCUGAAUGCUCAGCGAGGCAGAUGGAACGUGUCCUCAAGUCAAAUCCUUCAGAUGAACUCUGAGACUGGAGUGGCAUUUGCAAAGAAUUCUGGGACAGUGGUGGUUUACUACAAACUGGAGGGGGGACAGCAAACCUUCCGACAGGUAACGGUGGAGCCGGCGUCUGUUCCUCUAGUCAGUGUUCCUGCUGAUAGGCUUCUUACUAACUGGCCCGGAGCUUCAGAAUAUAUAGUCAAAGUGGAUCUCAACACCUAUGCUGCUAAUACAGCUCAAUGCACUCUGGACCAGUGGGAGGCCGUAGAGAAGAACUUACAGCCUGAGGCACAGCUACAGUGCUUGCUACAUUUCAGCGUCCCCUACCUGCAGCUGAAAACACUGCAAGCUGUGUUUCAUGCAUUAUCCUUCUAUGAUAUAAACACCGCUCAGUACAGUUGUAGGAUUUUUGUGCGGGCGCAGUCAAACUCCAUCCUCCAUGUCCUAUCCACGCUGUCUCUCUCCAUCUCUCUGUCUGUCAGUCUGCAGACUCAGUCCUCCGCAUCUAUCCCGCUUCCAUUUCCUCUGUCCUCCGCCUCUGUUCAGUCUUCUGUUCUGCUUCCAUAUGUGCCAGCGUUCUGUUGUCCUGUAACUGAGAUCACUCUUUCACCCCAGCAACCUGUGGCUGAAAUCACUUUGUUUGGCACCAAAGACAUGCUUAGCACACUGCAGGUCCAUUCAGACACCCCAGAUAUUGUGAUAUCUAAGUUCCAUUCGGCUGAAGACCCCACCCUCCUCCUCUUGUCGGUCUAUUCAACCUCACAUUUCCUGGAUAAGGCAUCUUCUACAGCAAGCAUCACCCUGUACACACAGCUCUCCACACAGACACAUAUAGUGAGGGUGACUAGACUUGUGGACAGCCAGGAAUCAGGUCAACUUGAAGCCUAUUUACAUUCUGAACAUUUGUUCAUCGUAACAUUUGUGUUGUUUGCAGUUCUGGCUGCUGCUGCUGCACUUUUCAUAGCAUACAAUACCAUGCUGUCCCAUAUUCAGACGCAACCUGCUGUCUACACAGACUCUAAUAAUACAGAGCAGCAAAGACACUUGUUACUGUGGCUGACACCAUCAGACAGAAGCCUGCAGAGAAGACAAUGGCUCUGGAGUGCUCGAUAAAAUCACUAUCCAUUUUCCCCAAAAAAGAUGUACUUUAAAGUACAUUCUUCAAUUUUAUGAAUUUAUCCAUUCAAUGCAAAACUAAACAAUACCAGCAGGUUCUUAAAGGCUAAACUUUUUUACUUAACG